AUGGUCGAAAGUACAUCACCGUCUCGUGAUUUAAAAAAACGACAUAGAAGUACGAGUAAAGAAAGAGAACAUCGUCAUCAUCGAUCACAUCGUGAUGGAAAUGAAAAAAAACAUCGACACUCAUCACCUAAACGAUCGAAAUCGCCUGAUUCAAAGCGUCGAAAAAAUGAUGAAGUUAAUAAAGUAAAAAAACAAAAUGAUGAUGAUAUGGAAGAAGGAGAAUCAACAGUUAACGAAGCAACGACAAGUAAUAGUCAAGGUAAUGGAUCAAGUUCAACAAAACGUGUACCACUUUCAUUAGAAGAAAUGCUUGAAAAAAAUAAGAAAGAACAAGACGCAAUCUCAAAACCCAAAUUUAUAACAAAAGAAGAACGUGAAGCCGCCGCAUUACGACGACGACAGGAAGAAACUGACGUUAUUCGUCAACGUAAUGAAGAAUUACGUAAAAAGUAUGCUACAUUCAAUAAGGAAGCUGAACAGAUAGUUGUAAAAGAUGAUCGAGAACGCGAACGUCGAGAACGCGAUCGUCACCGACGUGAAAAAGAAGAUCCAACAGAUCGACCAAGUAAUUCAAAUGCCGAUGAAGAACGUGAAGAAGCAGCUGUUAAGGAACGAUAUCUUGGCAUUGUUAAAAAAAAACGUAAAGUUCGUCGUUUAAACGAUCGAAAAUUUGUUUUUGAUUGGGAUGCUGGUGAAGAUACAGCUGUUGACUAUAAUCCAAUCUACAAAGAAAAACAUCAAAUACAAUUUUUUGGUCGUGGUCAUAUAGCGGGCAUUGAUAUUAAUAAACAGAAAAAAGAUCAAUCGAAAUUUUAUGGUGACUUACUUGAAAAACGACGUACACAAGGAGAAAAAGAUCGAGCAACAGCUCGUCUUAAAUUUGAUCGAGAAAAAGAUGAAAAACGUCGUUAUGAUGAACGUCAUUGGACUGAGAAGACUUUAGAAGAAAUGGCUGAUCGAGAUUGGCGUAUAUUCAAAGAAGAUUAUAAUAUAACCACAAGAGGUGGGAAUAUUCCACAUCCAUUACGAUAUUGGGAGGAAGCUGGACUUGAAAAAGGCAUUAUUGAAGUCAUUAAAACUGCUGGUUAUACGGAACCAACACCAAUUCAACGACAAGCUAUUCCAAUUGGUUUACAAAAUCGAGAUGUAAUUGGUAUUGCAGAAACUGGUUCUGGUAAAACAGCAGCAUUUCUUUUUCCUUUAAUUGUUUGGAUUCGGUCAUUACCACCAGUUGAUAUAUCUAUUGAUGCUGAUAAUGGACCGUAUGCGCUUAUUUUAGCACCAACUCGUGAAUUAGCACAACAAAUUGAAGAAGAAGCAGUUAAAUUUGGAAAACCAUUAAAUAUAACUGUUGUCUCAGUUAUUGGUGGUUUAUCUCGUGAAGAACAAGGUUUUAAACUUCGGCUUGGUUGUCAAAUUGUUAUUGGUACACCAGGUCGUCUUAUUGACGUACUUGAAAAUCGUUAUUUAACAUUACAACAAUGUACCUAUGUUGUUAUGGAUGAAGCCGAUCGAAUGAUUGAUAUGGGUUUUGAAGCUGAUGUUAAACGUAUUCUUGAAUAUUUACCAGUUACAAAUCAAAAACCGGAUAAUGAACUCGCAGAAGAUACAAAAGAUUUUGCUUCAAAAGAUAAAUAUCGUCAAACAGUGAUGUUUACAGCAACAAUGACACCAGUUAUUGAACGUUUAGCACGUACAUAUCUUCGUCGUCCAGCAUCUGUUUAUAUUGGUUCAGUUGGUAAACCAACUCAACGUGUUGAACAAGUUAUUAUUAUGUGUUCAGAAAAUGAGAAACGUAAUAAAUUACUUGAAAUUCUUGAACGUGGCAUUGAACCACCUAUUAUGAUAUUUGUUAAUCAAAAGAAAGCUGUCGAUGUUUUGGCUAAAGGUUUAUCUAAGAAAGGAUAUAAUCCAUGUACACUACACGGUGGAAAAGGUCAAGAAAGUCGAGAUUUAGCUUUAGCUCAAUUAAAACAAGGUCAAAAAGAUAUUCUGGUUGCAACAGACGUUGCUGGUCGUGGUAUUGAUAUAAAAGAUGUUUCACUUGUAUUGAAUUAUGAUAUGGCUAAGACAGUUCAAGAUUAUACACAUCGUAUUGGUCGUACAGGUCGUGCUGGCAAAGCAGGCAAAGCUAUAACAUUUUUAACAAAAGAAGAUUCAGCUGUAUUUUAUGAUUUAAAAGAAGUUAUACUUGAAUCACCUGUAUCACAAUGUCCACCGGAAUUACUUAAUCAUCCUGAUGCACAACAUAAACCUGGUACUGUAGUUACUAAACGCAAUAAAACUGCCAUUCUUUGCGCUUAA